GGCCUAUUGCGGCUGUCUUCGCACAUACUAGUUUGUAUGCAAUGAUUCAAGUCAUCAUAUACACCAAAGUUGUCAGGGGCACCGAUCCAAAAUAUUACCCGCAAUCAUGUCUAGCAUCCCAGCGACCGAAGUCGUUAUUUACAGCACUACAAAGGAGCUUCGUGAGGACCCCUCAAUUGUGUACCACACACUCGACUUAGGUUUUACGGCUGAUGGUGUCCAUAAGCCCGCCUACUCCGGGGUGCAGAUUGAGGAUCCAGCUACAGGCUAUAUGUUCAUCAACUGGGAUAGCCGUGAGAAACAUAUGGCGAUAUUGGAGACCCCCCUGUUGCAAUCUCUUCAAGAAGCUAUGAAACCUAUCUUUGAGGGCUCUGUGAAAAUGAAUCAUAUAAUUUUCAAUGAUCAUACCACCGCAUUCCAGCAGCCUGUCACAGAAGUCCUCCUCCUCACGCCGAAAGAUCCCAGUCAUCGCGCAGAAGUGUUCGACAUCCUCACUAAGCUCUCGGACUCAACUAAGCAGAUGCUCGUGUUUGGGCCUGCGUUGGAGGAUGAGAAUGAAGUUGUUGUGGUUUGCGGCUGGCCGAGCGUUGAGGCCCAUUGGGAAACGGUCGCUAACCCCGAGCCGAAAGCCGCUCUCGAACGGCUGUACACUAUUGCUGACAAGAUCCAUCACUUCCACACUUCCUUGACCCCUUACUCAGGAAAGUAGCAGUUACCGGAUAAGGAUACUGAGGUCGUGUCCAAGUACUUGUAGUAGAUGAAAGCUUCUGUAUCACGAAGUCCACAUGUGACGGCAACCCAUCACAUCCUUGGUAAGCCUUGCUGCUGGAGCCAACACGUAAUAAGUAACUGGUGAUCACGCCAACGGCCAAAUUUAUUACUUUCCACAGUG